UUCGCCAAAAUGGCAACCUUGCUGAAAGUUCGAGAAAUGUUUGAAAUUCUGUCGACAAAAAGAGUAUUUGAUCAAGUUCUAAAGAAGGUUCAAAUUGUUGCAGCCGAUCCAGGUAAAGUUGUUGCAGAAUUAACUGUAGAAGAAGAGCAUCAAAAUGCUGGUGGUACUUUGCAUGGUGGAUUUACAGCAACAUUAAUUGACAGCAUGACAACAUUGGCUUUACUUAGUGGAGAAAAUGGUCGCCCUGGAGUCAGUGUUGACUUGAAUGUUACGUACUUGGGAGCAGCUAAGACUGGAGAUCUGGUGACCAUCACUGCUGAGGCUUUGAAAGUUGGCAGGACCUUGGCUUUUACUACAGCCGAACUGAAAUUACCAGAUGGAAAACCUGUUGCUAGGGGUAACCAUACAAAGCACUUAGGAUGAUUGUUCUGAGCAUUUUAUAAUCAUGUUUAAGCUUGCAUGGACAAUGUACCUCAACAAGAAAGUGUUGUUAGUGAUUUGCUCAGUUGUGUAUAGUCCAAUCCCAUAAACCUUGAGAAAUACUCCCAAUAAAGUGGCUUAGCAAACUCCAUAAUUGGGAGAGGUGGGCACAUAUUUAUAUAUGUAUGUUUUGCCAUACUAAGUUUCUUUGAAAUAAAUUGUUUUCCAUGGAUUGA